UAAGGCCAUGUGGUUAUGAUAUUAUUGAGAUUCCAUAAUGCCUCCUGCCAUGACAGACAGCCUUGACAUCUGGGCAGUGGAUUCGCAGAUUGGUGCUGAUGGCUCAAUAUCUGUGGACUUCCUGUUGCCCACUGGAAUCUACAUCAACCUGGAUGUCCCUCGAGAUGCUACCAUAUCUCAUAUUAAACAGCUGUUAUGGAAGCAGGCACAUGCCUAUCCGCUCUUUCAUCUCCUCAUGGAGAUUGACUCUUACAUGUUCUCAUGCGUGAAUCAGACUGCUGUACAUGAAGAAUUAGAGGAUGAAACACGGAGACUUUGUGAUGUUAGACCCUUUCUACCUGUCCUUAAACUAGUGACAAGGAAUUGUGAUCCAGGAGAAAAGUUGGAUUCCAAAAUAGGUGUCCUUAUAGGCAAAGGUCUCCAUGAGUUUGACGCCUUACAAGAUCCUGAAGUGAAUGACUUCCGAGCUAAAAUGCGGAGAAUCAGUGAGGAGAAGAUUCAGUCGCUUGUGGGACUCUCCUGGAUGGACUGGUUAAAGCACACUUACCCACCAGAACAGGAACCUGUUAUCCCAGAGAGCUUCCAGGAUAAGCUCUAUAGUGGAAAUCUUGUAGUGGCUGUUCAUUUUGAUAACUGCCAGGAUGUAUUUAGUUUUCAGGUGUCUCCUAACAUGAAUCCCAUAAAGCUGAACGAGCUGGCAAUCCGAAAACGUUUGACUAUCCAUGGAAAAGAAGAUGAGGAAGUUGAUCCUGCAGACUAUGUACUGCAAGUUAGUGGAAGGCUAGAAUAUGUUUUUGGUGAUCACCCAUUAAUUCAGUUUCAGUACAUACGCAACUGUGUGAUGAACAGGACUCUUCCUCAGCUGACUCUAGUCGAGUGUUGCACCAUCAAGAAAAUGUGCGAGCAGGAGAUGAUUGCCAUAGAAGCUGCCAUAAACCGAAAAUCACCCAACCUUCCUCUUCCUCUGCCACCAAAAAAAACAAGAACAACAACUAGUGUAUGGGAUAUUUCCAACCCUUUCAAGAUUCUUCUGUUAAAGGGUAAUAAACUAAAUACAGAAGAAAAUGCCAAA